AUGGGGAAAUCCGCAAUUACCACAAACAAUCAAGUGAGACUUCACAGUAGUAAUAGCAACAACAACAACAACAGCAGCAGCAGCAGCAACAACAGCAGCAGUAAUAAUAACAACAACAAUACUAAUACAAACUUCAACAUCAACGAUAAUAUCGGCCACAACACACAUAGUGCAACCACAGAGACUCAAUCAGGAACAGGUCACUCUGAUUAUAUUGCCACUGGAUUUCCAAACCAAAAUAAUAGACGCAAUUACAAUCCAGCAUCACCAAAGACCAAGCCAUCGUUCCCGCAAGUCUCAGAUCUCAAUAGUCAUGACCCGUUUCGGAACAGCAAUUUGAGUAACAACAACACUAACAAAAAUAGACAACCAACUGACAGUUCACCAACUGCACAAACUAAUAACCAUAGCAACAAUCUUGCAUACACCUUUGACAACAAGAAUUACCUCAGCCAUAGGUCAAGUAGUAUAGACGAACGCAAACAUCUCGAAUACUUGUAUAAUCAAUUUGGCGACGAACUAAACCACAAAGCGCAAGAAAGAAUGAGCUAUUUGCAACAAUCACCACAGCAACCAGGCACACAGUCCAAUUCGCAUGAACAAAAUACAGCUCUGAAUCAACAAAAGAUCUUUUCGAAUUCAUACGCAAAUUCUCAAAAUGCUCCAAGACCAACCAACAGUGCAAACUUGCCGAUUACAAGUCCUCCCAGCUCACUGACAUCACAACAACAGCAGCAACAGCAACAGCAACCGCAUUAUGUACCCACAAGAUCUCGAGGAGACUCCAUCUUCCUUCCACCACCAAUAAGCUCGCUGAUCAGACCAAAUGCAGACCAAGCAUAUGAAGCAACACCAACAAAUUUAAUUUCCAACCCCUCGAAUCCCUUGGUAUCAAGAUCAAAUAGUAUAUUCAGCUCACUUAUCAAUAUACCCAGCUCUGCCGGAAACUCAAUAAGUGGACAAUCAUCUAGCGGUAAUCCAAAUAACAGCAACAACAAUAACAACAGCAACAACAAUAACAACAAUAACACAACAGUAACAACUACAACUACAGCUGCGCCCACGUCAUCGUCAUCAUCUUCAUCGAAACCUGGAAUGUCUUCAGCAGCAGCACCCCAGUUACCACCGCCUACUAGAUCGCGUCAGUUGUCGAUUUUUCCAAAUCAAGAAUUUACCAUGGAAGACUUGGAGAAUUUGUUUGGUACAAACAAGGAAAGCAUGGCAAAUCUUUUUGGAUGGUCACAGAAUGAUCCCAAAUUUAGUAUCAGUGGUGCUGGAGGUGGAAAUGGUUCAAAGGCAAAAUCCAAAGGCGGCUCAUUAGAUUUCUCAGCAUGGUUAGAUAAUAGCAAUAACAAUAGCGGUAACAAUAGCGGUAACAUCAUCAACAACAACAACAACAACAAUCCACUUGGCUCGAUGUCUUUAGGUGGAAAAAACGGUAACAGCAUAACUGAGCUUAUUCAGAAUAUGAUCUCUAGUGGUUCAAUAGAUUUCACAAACAUGAACAAUCAAGAACGUCGUAAUUCUAUUCUAAAGAUUAUUAAUGAUCAAAGCUCGUUGAAAAAUCCACGUAAUGCACGAACAUCCGAUUCAUCAAUAGGCUCGAGUAUUGGUACUACUUUGCGCCAAGAUAUUUUUGACAAGGAUAAGAGUAAAAAAUCGCCACUGGAUUCGAUUGAAAACCAGCAAGGGAACACCAAUAAAUUUGGUAAAUCUGAUACUUUGGCUCCAGGGCAAACUUUGCGGGGAAACACAGGUAAAGGUAGCACUGUACCAGGAGGAAAAGAUCAACUUUCUCCAACUUCGUCUAUAUCAUCAAAGGCAUCGAGAAGAAAUGAGGAAGGUCAAUCUCCAAAGACUUCACCUACUUUCAGCGAGUCAAGAGUUAAUGACCCGUACGCUAGUAACCCUUACAACCAAAGACCUCCGUUGGCCCAAGCACCACAGCAGCGCCAGUACAAAACUAAUGCUAACUCAGUAUCGCCACUGAAUCUGUUUCAGUUUUCGGGAUUUCCCAGUUUUAGCAACGCAUCCAAUGGCCAAGUUAAUUUUGCUACUGGCUUUACACCAACUGGUAAUCGACAAAAUAGCUUUCUCGGUGGCAAUUAUUCGUUUCCAUCUGCACCAGCUUCGCAGCCACUGCAAUUUUAUAAUCAACAAAUGCCAAUGCAAAUCCCAUUUCAAGGCCGCGCCGCUCUUCCCCAAAAUUUGCAACCACAACAAUUACAACAAUCGCAGCAAUCAGUGCAGCAGCCUAUAUAUCAACCAGUUUAUUACCAACAAGGAGUACCUGGCCAUACUCAGCAGCAACUCCAGCAACCUCAGCAACAUCAACAAUUUUACCAACCAUAUCCACCACAACAGCAGCUGGUACCACAAUAUUCGCCUUCACAGCAAGUACCAAGUUUGCCCCAGGAAAAUUCCAACUCUACAAAUUCUCAUUCAAAGACUAACAAAAAGAAGACAACCAAGCGUCCCCCAAGGAAAAACAAAGAACCGUCAGUUGAAGAUAUUUAUGGCACAACAAACAAUCCAAAUUUAAUGCCGGCACAACAAUUUGCUAAAUCCGAAGAUGGUCGCCCUCUUUUGGGAGCUACCAAAAUUGAUCAAUUGAUGCUUGUUAUUCAAGCUCGUGAUAAAGGGGUGACCAAAUCAAUUGAGCAGGGUCCCGAUGGUAGCAUAUUGGCUUCACCAGGGAACUAUAUCGAUGGGUCUGCCGCGAAUCCUGAAGGUAAUGUAUUGCCUCGCCCCGUGAGUCUAGUUGGUGGAGUUGAAAAGCCUCACAGACCAAAAAGUGAAGUCAAGGGCAAUGGGGAGAUUGAUGAGUAUGGGCAAAGACAGCAAGGACAACAACAAGGACAUUUACAAGGGUUUAGAUCAGCUCCAGGUCCAGGUCCAGGUCCAGGUCUUGAGCAAAUACAAUACUCCCAACAUAGAGUAAAAGAUAGUGAGGGAUCACCUAAACGGAAAAAGACAAAAACCGAGCAAUGUCCUUACUGUCUUAAAUAUUUCACACAGUCUACGCACUUGGAAGUUCAUAUAAGGUCGCACAUAGGGUAUAAGCCAUAUGAGUGCUCAUAUUGCCACAAGAAAUUUACUCAGGGUGGUAAUUUACGAACUCAUUUGAGAUUGCAUACAGGAGAAAAACCAUUUACUUGUGAUAUCUGCAGCAGGUCGUUUAAUCGCAAAGGUAACUUAGAAGCGCAUAAACUUACACACGAACAUGUUAAACCGUAUGAAUGUCGGUUGGAUAAUUGUGACAAGUCUUUUACCCAGCUUGGAAAUUUGAAGUCGCAUCAAAAUAGAUUUCAUUUGGAGACAUUGAAUGCGCUAACUCAUAAAUUGGCUGAGCUUAGCGGGCCUGCAAUAGAUAGCCUACCUGCAGACGAGAAGGAUUUGCUUCUCUAUUUCAAGGACUUAUAUAGAAAUUCAAAUAAGGGGAUUAGAGGGAGAGGUAAGCACCAGAGAGGAGCUUCUAAUGCAGACGGAACUAGUGGUGUAGUGGCUGCACAAUCUUCUCCUACCCAAUAA